AUGAAUCUCUUCAUUUAUGUCCUCCUUUUAUCAAUUUGGACAAAUAGUUGUUUAGAUAGAAAUGAAAGCAAUGGAUCUGCUACUGCAGUAACUACACGUGCCGAAUUCAAGCAGACCCAACUGGAGGAAUUAAAGCGACGUCUACUCAUUGUUGUAAUUGGUGCCCUCAUCACUGGCUAUAUUGUCACGUGUUCCUGCUUUCUUCACUAUAGCUGUGAUAGCGAGGAAGCCCAUAACGCAGCCAAGGUCAAGAAAGAAGAUAUGACCAUCAAGGCAUCCAGGUCAUCUAAAAUAUCAUUUACUGACUCCAAGUCACUGACUGCUGGUCCGGGCGAUCCAGAAAAACAAUCCGUGGUAUCCAGAAGAGAUAAGUCAUCUGGGCCCUCAAGUCCACGAGAAGUUCCUUCAAGUACAGAAAAGUUAGUCAGGCCCUCGAGUCAAAAAAAAACAUCCAAGCCAUCAGCUCCCAAAAAAGUGUUAGGAUCACCUCCCCAGGAAAAGUUGCACAGAACACGCAGUCCAAAAAAGGCACAUAGGCAGGCUCAUGCCCAUAAGCUAGUUGGUCAGGUCAGUCCAUCCUAUCCAAAGAAGGUCAUCAAGCCAACUUGGCCAUCAAGUCUACAGUGUCGGGUCAAGCCAACCAAAACUCCUCUACCCUAUCCAAAGAAUCAAAGCUUCUCUGAGCAAUCAAGUGUAGAUAAACUGACCAAACGCCAGAGAUAUCUUAAACCAAAAUACCCAGCUAGUGCAGGUAGGGCAGAAAUAUUAUCUAGAACUCAACCAGCAAAGUUUUGUCGAUGCUACAAGGAAAAAUGCCUUGUUUGCACAGCUGUUUCUGAGCCAUUCAUCACUCAUAUUUCAGAAGCAAAUAUAAAGCAUGUUCCAGUUCCACUUUUUUCACGUGAAUUGAAGCACUUUUACAAGUCAUAUAAAAAGAAACAAUCCAAAUACAACACACUGUAUAUCAACAUGAGUGACAGUGAUAUCACAAUAUAUAACAGUGAUGAUGAGAGUGACAGGGAGGUGAUUAUACUCUGCAAUAUAAAAUGCAAGGAAGACAUCUAUAAAAACUCCCGAAAUAAUUAA